ACAAAACAAAGGCAUUGUUUGGCCAUCAAUGCUUUAAGGAGUUUAUUGAAUUAAACAUGUAUGGGUUUGUUGCUUUAGUAAUGGCAAUAUUAAAGCUGCAUAAGUUAUUGUGGAUGUAGUUCAUUAUACUACAUUUUCUACAUAAUAUUGAUGGUUUCUAUAGCCAUAACAAUUCUCGCUUUUUGUAAAAGAUCAUUUGUUCAAUGCCACUCAAAAUCAGGACAGGUAGCGCAGCAAAGAAAAACAUAAAAAAAAUAGAACAUUAGGUAAGAUGUGGUCUAUUAAUUACAGUCUUAAUAAACCAAAAUGAUCUUUUAUUUAUUUGUGUCUGUAAGGUCAGGUCGUACUAUGGUUUAUACAACUAUGGUAUGGUACAGUAUGGUAAUGCAACUCUGCCCACACACACACAUAUGUAUAUAUAUAUUGCAGUAUCUUCUUCAUAAAGGGUUAAAAAAAGGCACUUCAGUAUGACUUUGGUAGAUGUGUAUUUAAAAUGCAAUUACAAUUUGUCAAACACAUUAAUUUUAAGGAGGGUCUAAUUUGACUAUUUAAAAUCUCUACAAAUGUGGCAGUAAAAACUGUUGUGGUUUCUGUCAUUUCUUAUUUUAGAUAUAUAAAGAUAAAAAUAUUCCGAAAUAGUUUAUGGUUGUAUUAAACAAAAUGGGAACCAUGCUAUAAAAUGACUAAUAAUAUUUCUAAAGUAGGAAACAGACUAUUUUCUAUAUCUAACAAUAAUUUAUUUUUUUAAUUGGUACGUGUAAAUCUUAUUUAAAAUUUAAAUUAAAAAAUUUAAAUUAACCUCCCUCCUUAUAAUAAAAUUAUCAUUUUAAUGAUACAGUACAUAUAUUCAUCAUGUGAUUUUGUAGUAGUUCGGGAUGUAUCACAUAAUUUUAUUUCAAAUUUAAUACAAUUCAUAAAGUAAAAUAUUUAAAUGUUUGUAAUUAUAACUGCUAUUUUAUAACAACCACCAAAUCAAAAAAGGCUGCUGCAUUAAAACAUGCUCUACGUUAUAGGAGUGUCGAGGUGCAGUGUUGCUGUAAACUGCGGCGUUCAUUAAUCUCACUCGGUCUAUUAACCUGCUUCUUGACGUAAUUUGUACAUUUAUCUAAUUGUUGGUGUAAUUCCGCGAAGACGUUGACGCCUACGUCUCCUUCAAUCUGGCUCUGAGUGUCCGCCCUCCCUUGGUGCGGUGCCGUCACCAGUGGGCAUGCUUAUAGUAAUAUCAAUAAUAACAAUGAUACUUGUCAGGAAAGCUCACGGUAAACAGGAUCUGUAGUUCCCACCGCCCGUGAAAUAGCAAACGCGGACGCCGCAUGGUGGAAAAGUGCAUGUAGGUUCAUGCGUCCGGCGGGACUGCCCCUGGCUUUUUUUCUGGGGAAGAUCAUACUGGAUCAUAUUGUUUGCAGGACGUUGUUCCUCCUGCAGCCCCCUAAGUCUACCCCGACGUAGUCGUGAAUUGAACAUGGCGACUGUACCAGUAUAUUGCAUCUGCAGAUUACCUUACGACGUGACCCAGUUUAUGAUCGAGUGCGAUGCUUGCAAAGACUGGUUCCACGGCAGCUGUGUUGGAGUGGAUGAAGACGAUGCUCCAGAUAUUGACAUAUAUCACUGUCCAAACUGUGAGAAGAUCCACGGCAAAUCUACACUAAAAAAGAAAAAGAACUGGAGCAAAUAUGACACAGGACAAGGCACAAAUACCAAAGCUGUUCAAAAUGGCAGUCAGGUUUUCAUCAAGGAACUUCGUAGUCGGACAUUUCCAAGUGCUGAUGAUGUGGUGGUAAAACUGAGUGGCACUCAGUUAAAUAUGGAUUACCUGGAGGCCAAUGGUUUUAAUGAACCAAUCCUAGUUCAGAAGAAAGAUGGUCUGGGUAUGUCCAUGCCUGCCCCCACCUUCUACAUCAGUGAUGUGGAGAACAAUGUUGGGCCCGACGUUAUUGUGGAUGUUGUUGAUGUCACUAAACAAACUGACAGCAAAAUGAAGCUCAAAGAGUUUGUUGAUUAUUACUACAGCACAAACAGGAAAAAAGUGUUGAAUGUGAUCAACCUGGAGUUCUCUGAAUCACGAAUGAACAGUAUUGUGGAGAGUCCACAGAUUGUAAGGCAGUUGUCUUGGGUUGAAAACUACUGGCCAGAUGAUGCUUUACUAGGAAAACCAAAGGUCACCAAAUAUUGUCUCAUCUGUGUCAAAGACAGUUACACUGACUUCCACAUUGAAUGUGGUGGUGCGUCUGUCUGGUACCACGUCCUCAAGGGGGAAAAGAUAUUCUUUCUCAUCAAGCCCACAUCCGCCAACCUUUCUUUGUAUGAGCGCUGGAGGUCGUCAUCCAGUCACAGCGAGAUGUUUUUUGCUGACCAAGUGGACAAGUGUUACAAAUGCACACUUAAACAAGGCCAGACACUCUUCAUUCCAUCAGGUUGGAUUAACGCAAUACUAACCCCAGUUGACUGCCUGGCGUUCUCUGGACACUUCGUCCACAAUCUAAGCGUGGAGAUGCAGAUGAGAGCGUAUGAAAUUGAAAAAAGGCUCAAGGUCGAAAUGCUAAAUCCCUUCCCUAACUUUGAAACGGCGUGCUGGUAUGUGGGCCGGCAUCUUCUAGAACGAUUUAAAGGUUUACAUAAAGCAAAUAAGCAACCAGCUCCGUAUCUGAUACAUGGUGCCAAAAUAAUUAAUGGAGCCUUUAGAGCUUGGACUAAAAAGCAGGCCCUCCUGGAACACGAAGAUGAGCUUCCAGAAAACAUGAAACCUUCGCAGCUCAUCAAGGAUCUUGCAAAAGAGAUCAGAUUAUCAGAGAAUGCGACAAAAGCCUUUAAGAGUGAGCCGAACAUAAGGGUGCCUGCUGAGGAACUGCCAUCCACCCACUCUGAGCCUGAGGAACCCAUUUCUCCUGCCCACGUGUCAUCGCCCUGCCAACAGAAAGUAAAAAAGAAGUCAUCCAAAAACCCUGAGCCUCCCAAACCCUCCAAGACGCUCAAAACCUCUAAGGCACCAAAGGUAUCUAAGGUCAAGGAAGGGGGACAUAAAAAACUGAAAAAGGCAAAGGAGCCGCCAACGCCUCUUAAACCCUCCAGCUUCGCUGCCCUUGAAUCUCAUGCAAAAGAUAUAUUAGGUAAAAUGGAGCAGCCGAAAAAGAUGAAGGCUGUGAAGAAUGCACUGACUGUGUCAGAGAAGGAAACAUCCAAGCAGAACAACAAGGAGAAAUUUGAAGUCCGGGAGCAGAAUAAAAACAAGACUGAAGCACGGUGGAAGUAUAAGAAUAGUAAACCUGACUCUCUGCUCAAAAUGGAAGAAGAGUGCAAGUUUGACAAAACACCUCUGUCCGCUAACAAAGACAAAUUCAGUUUUACUAUGUCUCAAAAGAAAAUGCUUGGAUCCAAGACGAUAAAACCUCCGAGUGGUUUUGGAUCAUUACAAACCCUGAAAGAGGACAAAAGCAAGCCAGUGAGAGACGAGUAUGAGUAUGUGUCAGACGAGGGAGAGCUGAAGAUCGAUGAAUUCCCCAUCAGGCGGAAAAAAAACACAGUAAAAAGAGAUCUUUCUUUUUUGGAGGAUCUCAGAGAACCAAUUGAAGCAGCCAAAAAAACAAAAUUACAGCCCUCGGUGACUAAGAGGGCUGACUCCUCAGAUGAGGAGACUCUGCACAUAGACACAGAGGCCAAGCCUGAUGUCAAAAGUCGCAACACCAAGGUCAAAAAAAAGGGCAGGAGUGCUGCAGGGAUUCUUGACCUACUGCAAGCGAGCAAGCAAGUGGGUGGUAUCGACUACAGUGCUAAUAGUCAGCCACCUGCAUCUCCCAGUACACAGGAGGCCAUUCAAGGUAUGCUGUCAAUGGCCAACUUUUCAUCGUCCGACAGCUUGCAGCAGCCGUGGAGCAACAGCCAGUCCAAAAACAAUGUGCAGUUGAAAAGCAACUCACUCAGCUUGCAGGUCAGUAAGAAGAGCGGCGGGGGGACCACCACUAGCGCCAUCCGAGGGAGCACCAACAGCAGCAAACAAUCCAACAAGCGACCGCCUAGAAAACCUAGGAAAAGCAGCAGCAUUGAGAGUCUGGAUUAUGAUGACGAUGACCAGGAUCACAUGGAUGCAUGUUUUAAAGACUCGGAUUAUGUUUAUCCAUCACUGGAGUGUGAAGAGGAUAAUCCUGUUUUCAAGUCCAGAUCUAAAAAACGGAAAAGUAGUGACGACACUCCCUACAGUCCUACAGCGCGUGUUGGACCUUCAGUUCCUCGACAAGAGAGGCCGUCAAGAGAAGGAGCCCGAGUCGCCUCCAUAGAAACAGGACUGGCUGCUGCAGCAGCAAAGCUCUCACACCAGGAGGAGCAACAGAAGACCAAGAAAAGAAAGAAAAUCAUCCAAAAGAAGCCAACACUACUGAAGGAGCCCCAAAAAAUCUUUCAGGACAGUAGCUCACCGGAGCACACUCUGGACACCCAAGAUUACAGCCUGACAAACAACGAAUUCUCCACUGGAACGGCAAAGUCCCCACCAGGACCACAGCCUAUGGCUCCAGGGGUUUUCCUCAGUCAGAGACAACAAUCCAUCUCCAUCUCCUACAACAGCAACAACUCCACAAAAAACAACAGCAGUGGCACUACGAAAGGCGAGCGUUUGGGCUUAGCAGACGCCAAAGCUAAGCGACUAAAGAAAGGAAUGGCCACCGCCAAACAAAGACUUGGAAAGAUUUUAAAGAUCCAUCGAAAUGGAAAGCUGCUCCUGUAGUGUGCAGUGGACUUUGGUGGAAUUGGGAAUCGAUGAACUCGCUCUUGUCCUAAUUCGCCCCUGUUAACGCCCUGAAUCCAACAGGGGAAAAAAACUGACAAUGGACAGAAGAAGAAAACAAGAAAAAUCAUUUUUCAAUUGAAAAGAACGUCAGUCAUAUAGGUUUUUGCCUCCACAUAUACUUUAUAACUUUCAGAUAUUAAUUGUACAGAACCUACUAUAAAUAUUUUUUAAGAGAACAUUCAUUGUACUACAGGUGUAAGUUUAUCAGGGGUCACUUCGACAUGAGGUGCGUCAUUCCAAAACUUUUUACAGUAUCCCAUCCAUGUAUUCAGUGCAUUUGUGUUUUUGCCUGCGUUUGGAUAUAUUACACAAUGACUUCUAUAUGGUUGCAGCUAGUCAUUGAGACACUGACGAGCGGUGAGCAGAGCCUUUGCCGGGGAGGACUUUCUGUGUAUUUUUGGAGCACAGUCGAGAUUGGAGACAAAUUGAGCAUUUAUCCCUUUAUGUAACAUUUAGAUUUGCAGAGCACUAUCAACGCUGAUAUUUAUUUGUUCUAGAGGAGUCAUUGGUUGAAAUGAGAAACAAUUGUAAAGCACAAAGCAAACAACAAGUACCUAGUGGCCGGAACUUUUUUUUUCUGCAUUUCUUUUUUGGUAUUGUACACCCUGCAGAGGCCUGCUGAUGUAGUAGUAUCAGAGUAUCAGAGUGCCCACACUACACAGGACCUGCAGGUACCGAUCAGCCUCAUUAACGCCAGAUCUGCAGGCAUGGGCCUCUGUCUUCUUUUGCUUUUGCAGGCAGCACCAACAACUAGUUUUUUUCCCUCAGCAUUUAAUGUCUUUAUACAAAAUAAACAAACUGUAUCUUUUCACCUUAAGGCUUUAAAUGUUACAUUUAAAAUCAUUUUUCAGUUUUGUAUAAAUGAAUUGAAUUAUACACACAUACACGUGUGUAUCUUAAAACAAUCCUAAUAAUUGAGCUUUUUUUUCUGUUCAUAUUUCGUUGCUAAGCAAAUUCAUUUUUACCUUUUAUUUUCAUCCCCUUCUGUUUUAAAGAUGUUGCCUGGAAAACAAAUGAAGAAAAAUGUAUUUACGUUCAUUUGUCAAAAGCUGUCCCUUGUUUUUAUCAAGGCACAAAGCUUUGAGGAAAGCUAAUAUCCAAUGUUUAAAAGGAAGCUUAAAGGUUUUAUCACUAGUCUCUACAAAUAUCCAGAGGGUUUUCGGAAUUAUUUUACUAGCACCUUGUGAAGUGUUUGUGUCAGUGAUGUAAUUUAUUAAUGUUUGUAGCUCUUUAUACUUGUACAAUUCUUAACACGUAUUGUUUUGAAUAUUUCAUUAACACGUACAAUUACUUUGCCGAUAUUUUAUUUGUCUUUUUAUUUCAGAUAACAUAUGGGUGUGCCAGCAUAACUGCUUGCAGGUCUGAUAGAGCAUAAUGGACAUUUGACUUUUUUCUCAUCUUAACCAGUUGUCAGUGUCAUUAUGACGUUACAGUAAACACGUCCAGUGGAUCAUCAUCAUUGUUCCUGUACUCUGUCUUUGUUCACCAGCAUUUCACAGAAAACACACCCACUUCUUAGGCUGAAAACUAGCUCUGCUCACAUUCUUUCAGUCGUUCAUAUUUCUUAUUUUCACGCUUUCAUUUGAACAACAUGUUUGUUGCUUGGUGGUUUAUUUUUGUAUGUAAAACAUAUUAAAGAAUCCACUGUGCCAGGACAAUGAAUAAUAACUGUCGUAGCCGUCUUCCCUUGCAUUUUUUUUUUUACAGUGUUAGUAAGUAUUUUUUUUACUUGAAUUUAUAUGUUUUUGUAUUAAGAUGAUUCUGUUUUUAAGACAAAGAAAUGGCAAGCUCUGAGGUGCAAACAUGUUGUUGAAUAAUAUGAUUGUCCGCCUUGUUUACUUUUGCAAUACAAUUACUGUGGAAA